UUGCCGUGUUUUCUUGGGCACUGGGCCAAGGAAGCGAGAGAGAGAGAGAGAGAAGGGGGGAGGGAUCAUGGGGGGCGGCAAUGGCCAGAAGUCGAAGAUGGCUCGCGAGCGCAACUUGGAGAAGAACAAGGGUCCCAAGGGAAGCCAGCUUGAAUCGAACAAGAAGGCUAUGUCGAUUCAGUGUAAGGUGUGUAUGCAGACUUUCAUCUGCACAACAUCGGAAGUGAAAUGCAGAGAACAUGCUGAAGCAAAACAUCCAAAAUCAGAUGUCUACCAAUGCUUCCCCCAUCUCAAAGCUUAGUAGAGCACCUGGGAAGCUGUGAUGCACCACCCUCACUAGUUACUUUUGAAUGUGCUAAGUUUUCAUUUAGGUGUAAUAUGAUGUUGGGUUUGCCCAUCGGACUCACCAUGUUAUGUACUACUCUUUGUAACUAUAUAUAUAUCUAUUAUGAACUGUUUUUAUUAA